AUGUUUCUAAUGUUUUACACCUAUGUUUGAUUAAACACCUAUAUUGUAACUAUUAACAUUGCCAAAUCGGAAAAUCCUAACGAAAAAGUGGACAAAUAUUAUGAACAAAAUCGUUACAAGAAUGAUUAUCAGAGAAUUGAAAAAGAAAGACCAAAAAAAGACCAAACAGAAUAAAUAACUAAUACUUUGUCGCGUUAUGGCUUUAAACAACGAGGGAUAUUUAAACAAAAACAAGGAAACUUCGGACACACUAUCAUCCUAAAGCUAAAGACAUCAUCAUGUUCAGUCUCAAAGAACAUUCCAUGUACCUUCUCGUUCCGUACCUUUAUAAAUAAAAUCUCCUCCGUAGUGUUUUAAGCAACAAUACGACAGCUUCCCUUUCACUCUCUAAACCCACUCUCAAGCCCUAACUACGCCAACAAUGUCAGGUUUUGAUUACAACGACUCAACAAACUCAGCUGAUUCCGUCAAUAACGGCGUUAACACACCCGUUUUCUACCGGAACCCUAGUUUCAGCAACGUCAUCUUAAACGACAACUGGAGCGACUUGCCGUUAAGCGUUGACGACUCUCAAGACAUGGCCAUUUACAACACUCUCCGUGACGCCGUUAGCUCCGGCUGGACACCCACCGUUCCUCCCGUCUCAUCUCCGGUGGCUACGGCCCAAGUUUCCGUGAGAGAUGAGAAACCGGAGACUGUGGUUGCGUCGGAGGCGAGUGGUUCCAACGCUCCGCCGAGGCAAAAGGGAAUGCAGUACAGGGGAGUGAGGAGGAGGCCGUGGGGGAAGUUCGCCGCGGAGAUAAGGGAUCCAAAGAAGAACGGAGCUAGGGUUUGGCUCGGGACUUACGAGACGCCGGAAGACGCGGCGGUGGCUUACGACCGAGCAGCGUUUCAGCUCAAGGGGUCAAAAGCUAAGCUUAACUUUCCACAUUUGAUUGGUACUUGUAAGUAUGAGCCGGUUAGGAUCAGGCCUCGCCGCCGUUCGCCGGAACCGUCAGUCUCCGAUUAUUCAUCGUCGGAGCAGAAGAGUGUAGGUCACGUUGAAGACGGUGAAUCUAGCUUGGUUGUCUCGGAUUUGGAUUUCACUGUGGAUCAAUCGGCUUAUACGUAUUUUUGACAAUCAGCAAUGAUUUAAUAAAGCUUUUAAAUAAAAUUUAAUUAAUGUAUAAGAGGUUUGCUUAUUGGAAUGGAUAAUGUGAUAGAAUCUCAAUAUUGACUCUUU